UUGACAGUCAUUUCCAAUUUUAUUUUCCUGGGGUUUACUCGUUACCCCAAAGUUGAGGUCAUCAUAUUUGUGCUGUGCUUGCUGAUGUACCUGAUCACCCUGCUGGGUAAUAUCAUUCUGAUGUCCAUCACCAUCCUGGAUUCCCACCUACACAAACCCAUGUACUUCUUCCUCAGCAACCUCUCCUUUUUAGACAUCUGGUACACCUCUUCUGCUCUCACUCCAAUGCUGACAAACUUUGUUUCAGGGAAAAACACCAUCUCAUUCUCAGGAUGUGCCACUCAGAUGUACUUUUCUCUUGCCAUGGGCUCCACUGAGUGUGUGCUCCUGUCCACGAUGGCGUAUGACCGGUAUGUGGCCAUCUGCAACCCUCUGAGAUACCCCAUCAUCAUGAACAAGAGGGCUUGUGUGCAGAUUGCCGCUGGCUCCUGGAUGACAGGCUGCCUCACCGCCCUGGUGGAAACAGUAUCUGUGCUGCAGCUGUCUCUCUGUGGAAGUAGCAUCAUCAAUCACUUCACUUGUGAAAUUCUGGCUGUCUUGAAACUAGUUUGUGUGGAUACUUCCAGGGUGCAGUUAAUCAUGCUGGUGAUCAGCGUACUUCUUCUUCCUAUGCCGAUGCUCCGCAUUUGUGUCUCUUACGCGUUCAUUGUCUCCAACAUCCUGAGAAUCAGCUCAGUGGAUGGUGGAAGCAAAGCCUUUUCAACAUGCGCAGCCCACCUGACUGUGGUGGUUUUGUUCUAUGGGACAGCUCUCUCCAUGUACCUGAAGCCCUCCGCUGUAGAUUCACAGGAAAUAGACAAAUGUAUGGCUUUGGUAUAUGCUGGAUUAACCCCCAUGUUGAAUCCUAUCAUUUAUAGUUUACGGAACAAAGAGGUAAAAGCAGCUGUGAAAAAAUUGCUGAUUAGGAACCCUCUGUGUGCUUUUUUAAUCCCCCAGAGCAAAUCAUAA